ACCACGAACUAAUUUCAACUGAAACCUGCUUCAGGAAUACAAACUUGAGCUUGUUUAGUAUAAGACAUCUUACUUACCGUUAAAUUCAUUUCUUCUUCUGAAACUUCAUCCUCUAUUUUAAUCCGAUUAAAUAUCGCUUGUGUGCAUCAACAAGUUCUCCAACAAGGGCACCAUCUUGUUUGAUAAAACUAUAUUUUUGACCAAGGAUAAUUUGUUUGAAGUGUGUAAAUUUAUUGAAUCCAUGGCUUACAGUGAAGGUCCAGACAAAGGCCAUGCUUGGGUCAUUGCCUUUACAGCUGGUAUGAUUACGAUGAUUCUAUCCGGUAUAUCGAAGAUGGUCGGAAUUCUGUAUGUUGCUGUUAUUGACACUUAUCAGGUCAGCAGGGGAGAGGCAACCUUGCCUUUUACAUUCAGAAAGUCUUUGAGAUGUUUAACAGGUCCUAUUGUUGGAAUUGUGGGACAAAGAUAUGGCAUUCGAGCUGUUACUCUUGGUGGUGCUGUUAUUGCUGCUCUUGGUGCCGCUCUCAGUUUUCUAGCACCGACUGUUACUUGGCUUGCAGUCUGCUGGGGUGGAAUUCAUGGAUUUGGAGAAGCAUUCGCUAACACGCUGUUUCAAGUUGUUGUUAACCAGUACUUUGAAAAAUAUCGAUCAACUGCAUCUGGAAUUGCCAUGUCUGGAGCUUGUAUUGGCUCCGUCUUCUUCUCUUUCCUCAUCGAGUUUUUGAGAGAAACCUACGGAUUGCAGGGAACCUUCCUCAUACUGGCCGGAGUGAUUUUACAUGUGGUUCCUGCAGCCAUGCUAUUGAAAUCUCCCAGUUGGAUCACAAAUCCAGAAACAAAACCUGUUGAAAAAGCACAACUGAAGCGAAUUUUGAAGAACAAUGGCCCUGUGUACAGUGUUCCGAGCGAUUACAUCAAAUCUAACGCAGAAAAAAGAAAAAGCAUCGUAUCUCUGAGUCCCAGUCUUUUGGAAAAGAACGAAAUCAUGAAAGCAUCCAACAAUAUUAUGAAAUCACACUCGGCAGCUAACCUUAUUUCCACACUCGAGAAGAAGUUGGAAAACGAAAAAGGAUUUGACAACUUAGUUUUCGCUUUAGAAAAUGAAAAAAACGAAACUAAGUCUUACAAGCCCGCAUUGGAGAAACAGCUCAGUUUUCAGAAUCUUUUCUCGACUUCCAAGGAAAACAACUCAACACCAAAUUCCCGCAACUUAAGUCGCCAAACAUCUCUGAAAGAAGACUUUCAAAAGGAAGACAUAGAAAAGAAAGUUGAAGAUGACAAAAAAGAAAGCGUUUUGGAUAGUAUCAAAACAAUUGGCAGGCUAUACACGAAUCCAAUCUAUGUGCUUGCAUGCGUUGGCAUGGCCACAUAUGUAUUCAUUUUCAUUCCGAUCAUGACCAGCAUGAUAGAUUACAGCCAAGAUAAAGGUCUUCCUGAUUCUAUUGGAAAAUACUUAGUCCACACCAUGGCCGUUGGCGAUAUUAUAGGCCGUCUCUGCUUUGGCUGGGUUACUGACAAAAACUACAUUUCUCUGCCCCACUACAUGAUUUUAACCUUAGUAUUGCAAGGCACUUUCCUCCUACUCUUACCACUUGCGUCAUCAUUAUGGGCAUACCUCAUAUUGCUGGCUUUUUAUGCCAUGACUGCCGGAAGCAUGAUGGUCCGACUCCCAGUCAUAGUUCUCAAAAAUGUUAAGAAGGAAGAACAGUCUGUUGCCAUGGGAUGUGUUGGAUUCGCAUCUGGAUUAGUACCUCUUGGUGUGCCAUCUUUAAUUGGUCACUUUAGAGACUAUUUUGGAUCAUAUGAUGGAAUGUAUUACUUGCUUGGUGGAUUGUCAAUAUUGGCUGGUGGAUUCUGGGUAUUGGAACCGCUUCUUGUCAGGCUUAACAGUCAUUUGGAAAACAAGAAGCAAAACAACGUCGACGUUUAGGCAAAAGGGCGCUCGCUGCAGCGAGUGCUUGUCAUCAAAAAAAAAUUCUCUACGAGGUCCGAGUCUUCUCUUACACGUCAUCUGAUUAACAUCCAUCAAUGAGUAAAAUUAAACCUAACUUCUUAACGGAAGAUCGAAAUGACAAGUUCCAGUGAACAGAGAGAAGAUUUCACCAAUUCACCUGCUAAUGAAAAUUAAUGCUGCGAGAACAUUAUGAGAUAUCCUCUUGUAGCCUUUGAAUGCAGAUAAGGAAGAAUUUAAUUUUGGAAAAAAGAGAGCAAAGUGGAAAAUACGAGUUCACUCAGAAUGAGCUGUAAGCUCAAACAUACCUUCUUCAAUUAAAAAAAGCUGAACAGCAAAAGAAGUUAUGAGCCGGGUGAGAAAAGGAAAGCUACAAUAAAAACUAAACGAUACAAAAUAUACGCGAAGUUGCAACAGAAAAUAGAAGCUGCUACAAAAACUAGAAGCUACUACAGAGGCUAGAAACUUCAGCGGAAAAGUAGCGCUGCGCUGCAACAUAGCUGGAAUGCUCCAACAGAACCUGAAUGCUCCAACAGAGCUUGAAUGCUCCAACAGAACUUCUAGGCAUUAGUAGAAACAGAAAGAUCUAACAGAUCUAAGAAGUUCCAAAAGAACUAGAAUGCUCCAACAGAACUAAAAAGCUGCACCAGAAACAGAGAGCUGCAAGAGAAUGUGGACGGAAUAUCUUCGAUCUACUGAAAUCUCAUUACUUCUCAUCAUUUGUUGUAUGGAAAAUGCAUAAUAUGCCAACCAUGUUAGUUUAUUCAUCAAAUUAGUACUUUUGUAAAUAAUAUAUUUAGGUUAUCAAAUUGAAUAAAUUUUUUAUUAAAAAAUUGAA